AGUGGCGGUAUAAAGUAGUGAGGGAGAGAGAGAGAGAGAUUAUAAAGCAGCACAAACACUCGGGGGGAUGAAGAUAUGGCGGACGCCAAGCAGAAGCGGAACGAGCAGUUAAAGCGAUGGCUGGGCUCGGAGACGGACCUGGAGCCGCCGCUGCUGAAGAAGAAGAAGACGAAGGUGAAGUUUGACGAAGGCGCCGUGUUUCUGGCCGCCUGCUCCAGCGGGGACACCGAGGAGGUGCUGCGGCUCCUGGAGCGGGGAGCAGACAUCAACUAUGCUAAUGUGGACGGGCUAACUGCUCUACACCAGGCGUGUAUAGAUGAUAACAUGGACAUGGUGACGUUCCUAGUGGAACACGGUGCCUGCAUCAAUCAGCCUGAUAAUGAGGGCUGGAUCCCCCUGCAUGCUGCCGCUUCCUGUGGAUACUUGGACAUCGCAGAGUAUCUGAUCAAUGAGGGUGCGAAUGUGGGCGUGGUUAAUAGUGAGGGAGAGACGCCGCUGGACAUCGCAGAGGAAGAACCAAUGGAGGAGCUGCUGAAAAAUGAAAUCAACCGACAAGGUGUGGAUAUAGAGGCAGCGAGGAAGGAGGAGGAACGUGUCAUGCUACGUGACGCUCGUCAGUGGCUAAACAGCGGGCAAAUCAACGACGUCCGACACACCAAGUCAGGAGGAACCGCGCUGCACGUCGCCGCUGCUAAAGGCUACGCAGAGGUUUUAAAGCUUUUAAUCCAGGCAGGUUAUGAUGUAAAUAUUAAAGAUUAUGACGGCUGGACUCCUCUUCAUGCUGCUGCUCACUGGGGGAAGGAUGAAGCCUGCAGGAUCCUGGUGGAGAACCUGUGUGACAUGGACCUCCUUAAUAAAGUGGGUCAGACGGCCUUCGAUGUGGCAGAUGAAGAUGUUCUGGGAUAUUUAGAGGAGUUACAAAAGAAACAGAACCUGCUGAGUGAGAAGAAAGACGCUAAGAAAUCUCCCUUGAUAGAGACCACCACUACAGCAGAUAAUAACCAGUCCACUAAACCUGCUGUGAAGAGUAAAGAGACACUGUUACUAGAGGUGGAGAAGAACGCUCCUCACAUCGAGAACUUGGAGUCAGAGAAAACUGAUGAGGAACUGGAGGGGAAGAAGGACGAGUCCAGCUGCUCCAGUGAAGACGAGGACGAAGACGACUCUGAGUCUGAGAAUGAAGCAGAUAAGACCAAGUCAGCUGCUCCAGUCAGCAACUCCACCAGUUCUGUCCCCGCCCCAGUCUCCACCUCCAGCAACACUCCAACCACGCCCACCUCACCUGUCAAAAAGGUGAGUGUACCUACAGGUAAAGUGUCUCCUAAAGAGGACGAGAGGAAGGAUGAGUCGCCGGCCUCGUGGAGACUGGGCGUGAGGAAGACAGGAAGUUACGGUGCACUGGCAGAGAUCAGUGCAACAAAAGAGGCUCAGAAGGAGAAGGACCUGAGUGGGGUGAUGCGCUCAGCGUCCUCACCACGACUCACCUCCUCACUGGAUAACAAGGACAAGGAGAAGGAAAAGGAGAAGUCUCUGGCGUACGUGGCUCCCACUUUCCCAAGAAGACACCCGAGUGCAUCAGAUAUAGAUGAGAAGGAAAACAGGGACUCAGCAGCUAGUCUGGUGCGAAGUGGUUCUUACACACGGAGACGCUGGGAAGAAGAUCUGAAGAACAACGACACAACCUCCUUAAACCGAACAUCCAGCUACCAACGCAGCACGUCACACACUUUAACACUUGGCCGAAGCAGCAGCUCUCGCGAUCUUCCUGCAAAAUCAUCUUCGGCUUCCAGUCUGGAUCCUAACAGCACUAAAGCUUCAUCGUCCUACUACCAGUCUUACAGCAUACACCGAAGCGGAUCGUUUGGAAGGAGGCAAGAUGAUGCUGUGAGCUCCACUUCCUCUGCUGUUACUACGACGACAAGCUCCACCUCCACUACCACAAUUACCUCACCUACAGGACACCGCAGUGUGCCCAGGUAUUGGUCCGAGGAUGGGGCGGAGAAAGAGAAGGAAUCGGCGACCGUAAUUCCCACCAUUAACACUGCAGCCACCACAACUACCACCACCACCACCACACACACUACUGCAGGAGAUGGCAGAGAGAGACGCAGAUCAUACCUCACUCCUGUGCGUGAUGAGGAGUCCGAGUCUCAGAGGAGAGCUCGAUCUCGACAGGCCAGGCAGUCCAGAAGGUCCACACAGGGAGUGACCUUAACUGACCUCCAGGAGGCGGAGAAGACCAUCGGUCGCAAUCGUCCGCCGCGGUCUCGAGAGGAGGAGAAGGAAAAAGAAGAGAAGGAGAAACAGGACAAGGAGAAGCAGGAGGAGAAGAAGGAGACCGAGCCAAAAGAGGAUGACUAUCGUUCACGCUAUCGCUUUGAGGAGCGAUACCGCACCCCUUCCUUGAGCUCGUCCUCUUCCACUACUGUGCCGUCGUCCUCCGUUACUUCAUCGCUCUACACGUCCUCUUCCUCGCUGAACCGCCCUGACAGUCUGAGUGGAAUCAUACCCAGUUACAGAAGCUCCGCCCGCGACACCGAGAAAGAUAAGAGAGAAGAAGAAAAGGAGGUAGAGGAUAAAAGUCAGCCUCGCUCUAUACGUGAUCGCAGACGUCCUCGAGAGAAACGGCGCUCUACUGGAGUCCCAUUCUGGACACAAGAUAAUGACCCAGAACAGCACUCGGACUCAGAGGAAGGGAGCACUAAAGCAGAAACACAGAGUGAAAGACUCUCGAGAAACGACGGCUCGUCGUCUGGUUCGUCCCUCGCUGAUCAUCACGAGCACAGAGAGAGCCGCCGGUCGUACUCACGACUCGACCGAGAGGACAGCACUGACUACAAGAAGCUUUAUGAACAGAUCCAAGCUGAAAACGAGAAGCUUAAAUCUCAGUUACGCGACACACAUCUGGAGCUGGAUGAUCUAAAGCGGCAGCUGGAGAGGGCCACACAGGUGAGGGGAUUACAGAGACAGGAGCGCAUUUGCUGA